UUCUCAUUUCACCUGAUUGAAAAGUCUCUGCUUGCAUUAUUUGUAUUCACACUCACCAUCUCCCCUGCCUACCAAGCUCCCAAAACACACACUAAAACACGUCCCAGAAACACACACUAAAAUGGCAACCUCCCUCGUCUCAAAACCCCGCAAAGCCCUCUCCCUCGUCUCCCUCGCCGCCCGGUGCAUGAGCAACAUCCCGGAAAACACCGUCUACGGCGGCCCAAAAGCCCAAACCCCAAACCAACGAGUCACUCUCACCCAAUUGCGCCAGAAACACCGCAAGGGCGAGCCUAUAAGUAUGGUCACAGCUUAUGAUUACCCUUCUGCUGUUCAUCUCGAUACCGCCGGGAUUGACAUUGCUCUGGUGGGAGACUCGGCUGCUAUGGUGGUUCAUGGGCAUGAUACUACUUUGCCUAUUACUGUUGAUCAGAUGUUGGUGCAUUGUAGAGCGGUGGCGCGCGGUGCGAAAAGGCCGCUGCUUGUUGGGGAUUUGCCUUUUGGUAGCUAUGAGUCUAGUACUCAACAGGCAGUUGAUACAGCUGUGAGGAUGUUGAAGGAAGGAGAAAUGGAUGCAAUCAAACUGGAAGGUGGAUCACCUUCAAGAAUUACAGCUGCAAAAGCUAUUGUUGAUGCUGGAAUUGCUGUUAUGGGUCAUGUAGGGCUUACUCCGCAAGCAAUCAGUGUUCUAGGAGGAUUUAGGCCACAAGGGAAAAAUAUUGUUAGUGCUGUCAAGGUUGUGGAGACGGCAAUGGCAUUACAGGAAGCUGGAUGCUUCUCUGUUGUUCUUGAGUGUGUGCCUCCACCUGUGGCUGCAGCAGCAACAUCUGCGCUUAAAAUUUUCACUAUUGGAAUCGGGGCUGGUCCAUUUUGCAGUGGACAGGUGCUAGUUUACCAUGAUCUACUGGGCAUGAUGCAACACCCGCACCAUGCCAAGGUCACUCCAAAAUUCUGCAAGCAAUACGGACAAAUUGGAGAUGCAAUCAAUAAAGCUCUUACAGAGUACAAGGAAGAGGUGUCAAAGGGCUUAUUCCCUGGUCCUGCCCACAGCCCAUACAAAAUCAGCAGUGAUGAUGUUAAUGGUUUCUUAAAGGAGUUGCAAAAGUUAGGAUUGGAUGAGGCAGCAUCUGCAGCAUCCGAAGCUGCUGAAAAAAUGGAGGUAACCAAAUAAUCUUGGCAACAAGGAUAAUUUAUGGAAUCACAGAGGCGAGGCUCAGUUAGUAACUUCUUGAUGAUGAGAACCAACUUGUGAAGUAGUCAUAUCUAACCCUCUUUGAGCUGUCUUUCUACUACUUGUCUUUCUGUAUUGGUUUUGUAUCAAAGGCGGAGUUGAAUAAAAACAUUAGUGAGAGAGAUUGGAGAAAUAUUGGUGUGUAAUAGUAUUUCAUGUGGUAAUUAGCCAAGAGUGGGUCAUGUAACAAGCAAAGGUAACUUGAGUCCAGUACGUGGAAGAACAUGUAUAAUCAUUUUACCGAUAAAUUGAUCUUUUGAAUUUUCUGCAAGGAAACUGAUCCAUUACAUCGUA